UUCACCCUUGUUGUUUUUAGCGUUUAUAGUUUUGCACUCGAAUACCCUUUUUUUCCCUUUGGCCUCGAAACCCUUCUCUCAGGGUUUCUCUUGUCUCUCGCUCUCGAUUCAACGGCCCAGGCCCCUCUCUAUCACCGCCGGCACCGUGCAGGUGCCGUUGCUUGGCAUAAAUUUCUGUCUUUACCAUUGGUUGUUGUGAAGGAUGGCAAGUGGGCAAACCGUGCUUCAGUUUCUCCCAUCCACAGUGGGCCUCUCGGCAAGGGUCCAUCCAGUAGUUGUCUUCAACAUCUGUGAUUGCUACGUUCGCCGUUCGGAUCAGGCUGAGAGGGUUAUUGGAACCCUCCUCGGUUCUAUCCUCCCUGAUGGAACUGUCGACAUCCGCAAUUCCUAUGCCGUCCCUCAUAACGAGUCCUCAGAUCAGGUUGCUUUGGAUAUUGAUUACCAUCAUAAUAUGUUCUUAUCGCACCAGAAAGUGAACCCAAAAGAAGUCAUCGUGGGUUGGUACUCAACAGGGUUUGGAGUUUCUGGAGGAAGUGCUCUAAUUCAUGAAUUUUAUUCUAGAGAAGUGGCAAAUCCUGUUCACUUGACUGUGGACACAGGAUUCAAAAUGGGGGAGGCUUCUAUCAAAGCAUAUGUGUCAACUAACCUUUCUCUUGGAGAACGUCAGCUUGCAGCACAGUUUAAUGAGAUUCCUUUGGAUUUGCGAAUGGUGGAAGCUGAGCGAGUGGGAUUUGAUGUGUUCAAGAAGACCAUUGUAGACAAGCUUCCCAAUAACCUGGAAGGAAUGGAGACAACAAUGGAACGGCUCCUUGUUCUAAUUGAUGACAUCUAUAAAUAUGUUGAUGAUGUUGUGGAAGGGAGAACAGCACCUGACAAUCAUAUAGGGAGCUACCUUGCUGAAUCAAUGGCUCAUAUCCCAAAAAUGACUCCAGCUGCCUUUGAUAAGCUUUUCAAUGGCAGUUUGCAGGACACUCUCCUGUUGGUGUAUUUGUCAAGCCUCACCAGGACACAGCUUAGCUUAGCGGAGAAGUUGAACACUGCUGCUCAAAUCUUGUAAUAGAUUACACAUCCUGUUUGAGAAUCCUUCUGCAGAGGUCAUCGCUGAAGUUGCCAUUAUCAUCUCAGACUCUGGUGGCAUGCGUUCAGUGUCUAUCUGAAAUCUUGAUCAAUAGGUUGCUGGGUGUGGAUUGGCAGCUGAACAUAUUAGACAGAUCAGCACAUUGACCUCAGCCACCUUGUGUCUUUCACCCUUGGAUUUUUUUUUUUCUUUUUGGAGGGAUGAUGCAAUUGGAUUUUGAAUUCAAAAGUGCCUCGUUUGUAGUCCUUUCCUCAAGUGGGAAGACCGUCGAUUUCAUUACUUGAACUUGGUAUUUUUGUUCUGUUCAUCUAUCUGUUACUCCAUGUUCCUUGGGUCCUGAAUUUUUUGCUGCUUGUUUGCAACGACUGCUGUAUUUUAUGUCUUA